AUGCCUGCCCAAAGCUCACCACAGCAGCUGCCCCCGCCGCCCCCGCCGCCCCAAUCCCACACGCAAAGCCCGCAGACACCCGGCCAAGCCAUCGCCACGAUCACACCUCCCAAAAUUGUCAAGAAGAGGACCAGGAAGUUCAUCUGGCACCAGUCAGACCAAUAUGGCAAAAUUAAGCAUAACUGGAAGAAACCCAGAGGUAUUGACAGUAAGGUGCAGAGAAGAUUCAAGUGUCAGAUCUUGAUGCCAAACAUUGGUUAUGGGAACAAUAAGAGAACAAAGCACAUGCUACUCAGUUACUUCUGGAAGUUUCUUGUUCAUAAUGUCAAGGAGCUGGAAGUGCUGCUGACAUGCAGCAAAUCUUACCGUGAUGAGAUUACCCACAAUGUUUUCUCCAAGAACUGCAAAGCCAUCAGGGAAAGCAAAGUAGCCCAACUGGCCAUCAGAGUCACCACUCCCAAUGCCAGGCUGUGCAGUGAAGGAAAUGGAUAG